CCUGUCCGGCUGCUCCGCUGCUACGUCACCACAUUUCACCGAGUGUGAUGGAAGAACGUGGAGGAUCGAGAAGCUCCGAGAAAAGCCGCCGGUAAACAGACGCAAAAAUGAGGGAAGCUGUUGUCCUGCUCGCUUCGUGGCUGUUUGCGUGUCUCCUGCUGAGCUGCGGUCAGGCGGCCAGACAGGGUCAGGACGUCAGGUGUGGAGCCUGCAGGGCUCUGGUGGAUGAGAUGGAGUGGGCCAUCUCUCAGGUGGACCCCAAGAAGAUGAUCCAGACCGGCUCCUUCAGGAUCAACCCGGAUGGCAGCCAGUCCAUCAGGGAGGUUCCUCUGGCUCGCUCCGAGGGAAACCUCCUGGACCUGAUGGAGAGCGUUUGUGAGAGGAUGGAGGACUACGGUGAGCGCAUAGAUUCCUCCACAAACAGAAAGUCUUACGUUAGGAUCAAGUCUCGGAGCGGCGAAGCCAUGGACCUGUCAGAGGCCUCGCUGGACUCGAGAGUUACAGCCACCUUAAAGUUUGCAUGCGAAACAAUUGUUGAACAGAAUGAAGAUGAAAUCAUUGAAUUCUUCGCUCACGAAACGGAUAAUGUUAAAGACAAACUCUGCAGUAAGAGGACAGACCUCUGCGAUCACGCUCUGAAAAUGCCCCACGAUGAACUUUGAUGUUGUCUCGCCACAGCUGCCGUCUCUCCUGAGGUGCUGAGUGCUCUACUGUUUUCACUUGUUUAUACCAGGGCUGUGCUACAAGAUGUAUACAAAUCAUUAUGUAAAAAAAAAACGACAGAAAAUCUACCUGAAAAUGAUCAUGGAGAACAUAUGGACCACUUUUUCUAGCCUCAUCUAGUCGUAUUAUUUGGUCACUUGUUUGUGUACUGUAAGUUAUUACACCAUAGUCUCUCUCGUGAAGGUGCUUGUCUUCCCUUCAAUUGUGCUUAAAACUGAAACUGUGAAACUGCAAAAAUGAAGUUAGAUGCUGUGUUUCUUACAGGCUUCAUUGAGAUCAGGUUGAAUUUGGUCAAGUGGUUCUUCAGCUCGUAUUCAUGCACAAUGAAAAACUCUGUCCAAAAACUAAGUGCUGAUAGCAGAAAGUUUUCUCUUAUUCACAAUUAAUUGACUAAGAAAAAACUUUCUGCUAUCAGCACUUAGUUUUAGCUUUCAGCUCUAGCUUUAGAAGAAAGUUUUUAAUGCUCAUCAGUAUUUAUUGAACCGUCCACAACCACAGCAUUAACUGAUGCCAGUUCUGUUAAAGUAAAUUGAAAUCUUAAAGAAAAGUACAUUGUGUAAAAUCACAAAUAUAUAACAUUAUAGGCUUGCCUGUAGUACAAAUGAUAACAUGUGCCUUCGACACUUCGUGUUUUCCAGGUAGUUUCACACGACUCAAACACAACAUCAGCAGCUCCCAGAUUUACAACAUAUAGAAUUAUUGGUCCGUUUAAUUCAUCAAUAUGUGAAUUGUCUUAACUUGUUUUAGAACUUACCAAACCCUUUCCACCAGAGUAAGUGCUAACUAAAGAUUAGCUGACACUUGUAAACAAAAAAAGACGUAUCCUUUGCCAUGUUUUGGGCUGCUGGCGCCUUUUAUGUUACGUUAAAUCUCUAAAUACUAAGAAAGCAGUUUACCUGUUCAUGAGGAAUUUUGAAUUACAACUUUGAAGCUUCUACUUAAAAACACUCCUAGGUAUUUUGUUUAUGGUCCAGUUAUAUUUUGUUCUUAUCUUGAAGUGAAAUCAGAUCAGUAAAACGUUUUGAACUAGAGUUAGGAUGAAAUGUGGCAAACAGAAUAGAUUUUUGGAAACUAGUUAUGUCUGAAUCCCACAGAAAAAUAGCCAGAAGUAUUACUGAGCCAAAAUUACACAAAGUUUCACGUAUUUGCUUUUUUGGCCUUUUGAGUAAACACUACAGAAACCAGCUGCAGUCCCUUUGCAUUAUGAUAAUUACAGAGUUGAUUUAAAUAUGAGCAUCAAGGUUAUAUUAAAGUUUGGUGUUACUGAUAGUGUAAUUUAACUGUACUAUGUUGUGACCCCACAAGAGUGUGCCGUAGUCGACAACAGGCACUGUGAUGCACCCGCUUGGUGCAUUGGUCCUAAUGCUGUACUGUCCAUGUAGAAAGGUCAAAGAGUAUUUUUGGUAUCAUUUAUGUGAAAAAAAAAAGAAUUUACUGUCAUGUGAGCGUUCUCCUGAAAUUUCUUUUUUUUAUAAAAAAAUUUUUGUAUGUUUUCUGAAUCUGUUUUGUCUUCAAUCAAUGGAAAUAUAUUUGUACAACAUCAA